GGCGGAGACUACUUAAGGGCGGAUUAGAGGCGGUGGCCGCGGAUUCCCCAGCCCCGCAGCCAGCACUGCGCGCCGCAGCAGAGCGGGAGCGCCAGGUGCCCGCUCCAGUGACAGGCACCGGGGACGGUGAGCCGACCCUCCCUCAGACUGCAAGAUCACGGGGAAGGCGGCGCAGAGACCGGUCUCCCGCGGGCAGGAGCUCGGCCACCUGCACGCUGCCACCCAGCCCCGCCCCUCGCCGGAAGACUGCGGGAGUCCACCUGACCCCCGGACGGCAGCUAGGUGCUGAUCAGCUCCUCCGCACCGCGCCAAGAGCCCCUUUGGUCCGGACGCGGAUAGAUUGCUUUCCCCCUACUCACCCUUUUCAAGUGCAAUAAAAGGGGAGGGGCUCGUGGAUUUUUUUUUUUAAAGAAACAUUUUUUUUGUUGUUGUUUGCUUCUUUAAUUGGGGGCAAUUCGCUCCCGGUCAGGAGGUGCGGCCCGGGGAGGGGCCAGGACCAGGAACGUGCCCGGUACUGCCCAGUCUUUGUCUGCUGCCUCCGGAUGCACAGCGAUGGGGGAAUGGACCAUCUUGGAGAGGCUGCUGGAAGCCGCGGUGCAGCAGCACUCCACUAUGAUCGGGAGGAUCCUGUUGACUGUGGUGGUGAUCUUCCGGAUACUCAUUGUGGCCAUUGUGGGGGAGACGGUGUACGAUGAUGAGCAGACCAUGUUUGUGUGCAACACCCUGCAGCCCGGCUGUAACCAGGCCUGCUAUGACCGCGCCUUUCCCAUCUCCCAUAUCCGUUAUUGGGUCUUCCAGAUCAUAAUGGUGUGCACCCCCAGUCUCUGUUUCAUCACCUAUUCCGUGCAUCAGUCGGCCAAGCAGAGAGAACGCCGGUACUCUACUGUCUUCCUAGCCCUGGACAGAGACCCCACUGAGUCUAUAGGGGGACCUGGAGGAACUGGGGUUGGGGGCAGUGGUGGGAGCAAGCGAGAAGAUAAGAAGUUGCAAAAUGCCAUUGUGAAUGGGGUGCUUCAGAACACAGAGAACACCAGCAAGGAGACAGAACCAGAUUGCUUAGAGGUUAAAGAGCUGACUCCACACCCGUCAGGGCUGCGCACAGCAGCAAGGUCCAAGCUCCGAAGACAGGAAGGUAUCUCCCGCUUCUACAUCAUCCAAGUGGUAUUCCGAAAUGCUCUGGAGAUUGGGUUUCUGGUGGGCCAAUACUUUCUAUAUGGCUUCAGUGUUCCGGGGUUGUAUGAGUGUAACAGAUACCCCUGCAUCAAGGAGGUGGAAUGUUAUGUGUCUAGACCUACUGAGAAGACAGUCUUUCUGGUGUUCAUGUUUGCUGUGAGUGGCAUUUGUGUGGUGCUCAAUCUGGCUGAACUUAACCAUCUGGGAUGGCGCAAGAUCAAACUGGCUGUCCGGGGGGCCCAGGCCAAGAGAAAGUCAGUCUACGAGAUACGUAACAAAGACCUGCCUCGAGUCAGUGUCCCCAAUUUCGGCAGGACUCAGUCCAGUGAUUCUGCCUAUGUGUGAAAAGGCAGGUUUGGAGAAGGCCUGCUGAGUGGCAAGGAGCCCCAAGGCAGAUGAUGGCUCAAGGGGAGACAGAACUGCCCCCACUUCCGUGAUGCUCACUGUCAAGGUCUAGGCUGCAGGUAUUAAGGGGUCUUCAUCAACAAAGAGGAAAGGUAGAACUGCCAUCACAUGUCACACCAUCGAUCGGUUCUACAGAGACAGUUGGGUACAGUGACAAGAUGACUGAGCUGGACUUCCUUGGGCCUUUCUCUUUAAUGGCCCUUCCUGCUCCUGAUGAUCGUGGACUGAUGCAGCUGCCAAGCAAGACUUCGCUCUGCUGAGCUCUGUAUUCUGGUGAAUGGCAUGAGUCAAAUACUCAUUGAUAUAAAAUUUGUGACCCAUUUCAGCACAUCCCUUUAUCCUGGGCUGCAGAAAAAAAAAACCAUCCCUGAGGAUCUUUCUCCCUCAUCAGCAUGCCCCUUUCUCUCAAACCCAGGAUAGCAUGCCAGCUUUUCUGCUUCCUUGAUCUGGCCUUAUAUUAGCCCUAACACAGUUCAUCUGCAAGCUAGAGGGAAUUACAUGGGGUGCUUUUUGGAUACUGGCCAGGGCAGAGGUUUGCAGCAGAGCCCCAUAUGACUGGCUUUUAGUCAUUAUGAAAACCUUAGGAAUGUCUCAGUAUUUCCAAUUUUUUAACUCAAAUUGCACUGGUGCUGUUUAUUAGGGUUGGGGGAUGGGAGGGAGGGACUAUCAACCCCACUUCUGUGAGAUGGUCAUUUCACUGUCAAGCAUGUGUUUAUGAGCCUUGGGAUAUUUCUGCCUUCUAGGUUAUGGACUGUGGAUAGUGUUAACAAUACGGUUUCUGUUGAAAUGGAGGGUAUCUACUCAAGCCACAGAAUUUCUAACUGACAGAUCUCACUCAUUUUUCUUACCUGAUUUUGCUGUGCUGCACAGCUGCACAUCAUUUUGCCAUGGUUUGAACUUACCUGUGUGCUCACACCAGAGACCUUAAUCAGCCCUUGUCAAUCCCAAUGUAUUACAUCAUCAGUUAUUUUUUGAAACACACUCACACACAAUCACUGGCUUAACAAACCUGGAAGUAAACAUUAUUGGCUAAUAUGUGUUUAUGAAUACUUAUUUGAGACAUAUACCAAAGGUUCAAAAACCUGUUGUUUGGACUGAGACAAUUUUCCUCUGUUGCUCUUAUUUAUUUAAGUGCCAUAUUUCACCCUUAACACCCACUGUAUAUUUAGCUGAAGCAUUAGGCAAGAGUAGUAUUCAGAUAAUAUGUUUCUAGGGAAGCCCUCUGUUUCUUUUGAAUUAUUAUUAUUACUAUUAUUAUUAUUAUUAUGGGUUUUUUGAUUUAGAUAUGGAUGUGGUAUGUUAUACAACUGAGGAUUUGUUUAAAAUAAAG